UCCUGACGGGGCGGCUUAGACUGACGCGGCCGGUGCCGGCCGGGACGCCGGACCUGCAGUCUCGCUUGCUCUCUAGCUCGCGUCGCUCGCCUACGGGGUUGUCCGACCCCGUUGGUCCGGGGCCAUGCAGGAGAGCCAGACCAAGAGCAUGUUCGUGUCCCGGGCCCUGGAGAAGAUCCUGGCUGACAAGGAGGUGAAGCGGCCCCAACACUCCCAGCUGCGCAGAGCCUGCCAGGUGGCGCUCGAUGAAAUUAAAGCAGAGAUAGAAAAGCAGAGGCUUGGCGCAGCUGCACCACCAAAGGCAAACUUCAUUGAAGCCGACAAGUAUUUCCUGCCAUUCGAGCUAGCUUGCCAGUCCAAGUCCCCACGCGUGGUCAGCACAUCCCUUGACUGUUUGCAGAAACUCAUCGCAUAUGGACACAUUACUGGCAACGCCCCUGACAGUGGAGCCCCAGGGAAACGACUGAUCGACAGGAUUGUUGAAACCAUUUGCAAUUGUUUUCAAGGCCCUCAGACGGAUGAAGGAGUUCAGUUACAAAUAAUUAAGGCUCUUCUGACUGCAGUGACAUCCCCACAUAUUGAAAUCCAUGAGGGUACUAUUCUGCAGACAGUUAGGACAUGUUACAAUAUCUAUUUGGCCAGCAAGAAUCUCAUCAAUCAAACCACUGCCAAGGCUACCCUUACACAGAUGCUGAACGUCAUUUUUACCCGCAUGGAAAACCAAGUGUUACAGGAAACCAGAGAACUGGAAAAGCCAAUCCAGUCAAAUCCCCAGUCCCCUGUAAUCCAAGUGUCCCCAAAGUUCAGUCGUUUGAGGCAAAGCCAGCCACAGAGCAAACCAGCAACUCCUGAAAAGUCAGGCUUAACCAAUGGUGAGCAUGUCAGGAGUGGUUUUGGAAAAGUAAGCUCGGAGAAUGGAGAUGCAGCCCAAGAAAGAGACUUGUCACUGUCAGGAAUUGAAGGAGCCCAGGAGGUGGUGAAGGAGAUCUUAGAAGAUGUGGUCACAUCUGCUGUAAAAGAAGCAGCACAAAAGCGUGUUCUGACAGAACCCGAGAGGAUCCCAGGUGAGGUGGAGUACCAGGAGUGUGCUGUUACCCCAGGAGUGGAUGAGAACUCACAAACCAAUGGGAUUGCAGAUGACAGGCAGUCCUUGUCAUCAGCAGAUAAUCUGGAGUCGGACAUACAAGGACAUCAAGUGGCUGCUAGAUUUUCUCACAUUUUGCAGAAAGAUGCCUUCCUUGUGUUUCGUUCCCUUUGCAAGCUGUCUAUGAAACCACUUGGUGAUGGCCCCCCAGAUCCAAAAUCCCAUGAACUGCGUUCCAAGGUGGUUUCCUUGCAACUGCUCCUCUCCGUGCUGCAGAAUGCAGGCCCUGUUUUCAGGACUCACGAGAUGUUCAUCAACGCAAUCAAGCAGUAUCUCUGUGUGGCAUUGUCCAAAAAUGGCGUCUCUUCAGUGCCUGAUGUCUUUGAGCUCUCUCUUGCCAUUUUUCUUACUCUUCUUUCAAAUUUUAAAAUGCACUUGAAAAUGCAAAUAGAGGUAUUUUUCAAAGAGAUUUUCCUGAACAUUUUAGAAACAUCAACAAGUUCUUUUGAGCACAGGUGGAUGGUCAUUCAGACUCUGACUAGGAUCUGUGCAGAUGCCCAAUGUGUUGUGGAUAUUUAUGUCAACUAUGACUGUGAUUUAAAUGCUGCUAAUAUUUUUGAGCGCCUUGUAAAUGAUUUAUCAAAAAUCGCUCAGGGAAGAAGUGGACAUGAACUGGGAAUGACACCUCUGCAGGAACUCAGCCUGAGGAAGAAAGGUCUGGAGUGCCUUGUGUCCAUUCUCAAGUGCAUGGUGGAAUGGAGCAAAGACCUAUAUGUGAAUCCAAACCAUCAAACCAGCCUCGGUCAGGAGAGGCCCUCAGAUCAAGAAAUGGGGGAUGGGAAAGGCCUUGACAUGGCAAGACGGAGCAGUGUGACAUCCAUGGAGUCCACUGUGUCUUUGGGGACCCAGACGACCAUCCAGGAUGAUCCAGAGCAGUUUGAGGUCAUCAAGCAACAAAAAGAAAUCAUUGAACAUGGCAUUGAGCUGUUCAACAAGAAACCCAAGAGAGGGAUCCAGUUUCUCCAAGAACAAGGCAUGCUGGGAGCAUCAAUUGAAGACAUUGCCCAGUUCCUGCACCAGGAGGAACGCCUUGAUUCUACCCAGGUAGGUGAUUUUCUGGGAGAGAGCAUACGAUUCAACAAGGAGGUAAUGUAUGCCUACGUGGACCAACUUGACUUCUGUGAAAAGGAGUUUGUCUCAGCACUGCGGACAUUUCUAGAAGGUUUCCGCCUGCCUGGGGAAGCCCAGAAGAUUGAUCGGUUAAUGGAGAAGUUUGCUGCAAGAUAUAUAGAAUGUAACCAGGGGCAAACUCUGUUCGCUAGUGCUGACACUGCAUAUGUCCUGGCAUAUUCAAUCAUUAUGCUAACUACAGACUUGCAUAGCCCUCAGGUAAAAAAUAAAAUGACAAAAGAGCAAUAUAUCAAGAUGAAUCGUGGUAUUAAUGACAGUAAAGACCUGCCAGAAGAAUAUCUCUCAAGCAUCUAUGAAGAGAUAGAAGGCAAGAAAAUUGCAAUGAAAGAAACAAAAGAGCAUACAAUUGCAACCAAAUCUACUAAGCAGAAUGUGGCUAGUGAAAAGCAGCGACGAUUACUCUACAACUUGGAGAUGGAGCAAAUGGCUAAAACAGCCAAAGCUCUGAUGGAGGCUGUGAGCCAUGCCAAAGCCCCAUUUACAAGUGCCACUCACUUGGAUCACGUGCGGCCAAUGUUCAAACUGGUAUGGACACCGCUGUUGGCAGCCUACAGCAUUGGACUGCAAAACUGUGAUGACACUGAAGUGGCUUCCCUGUGUUUGGAAGGCAUUCGAUGUGCCAUUCGGAUUGCCUGCAUCUUUGGAAUGCAGCUGGAACGAGAUGCCUAUGUUCAAGCUCUUGCUCGCUUUUCCCUGCUGACAGCCAGCUCCAGCAUCACAGAAAUGAAGCAGAAAAACAUUGACACCAUAAAGACACUUAUUACUGUGGCUCACACUGACGGCAACUACCUAGGGAAUUCCUGGCAUGAGAUCUUGAAAUGCAUCAGCCAGCUGGAACUUGCUCAGCUCAUAGGAACUGGUGUGAAGACCCGAUACCUGUCUGGAUCUGGGCGUGAAAGAGAAGGGAGCCUGAAGAGUCAUACAUUAGCAGGAGAUGAGUUCAUGGGCCUUGGCCUUGGUAAUUUCGUGAGUGGUGGAGUGGAUAAAAGACAGAUGGCCAGCUUCCAGGAGUCAGUUGGAGAGACCAGCUCGCAGAGUGUGGUGGUAGCUGUGGACAGAAUUUUCACUGGAUCUACCAGACUGGAUGGAAAUGCAAUAGUUGACUUUGUUCGCUGGCUGUGUGCUGUGUCCAUGGAUGAGCUGGCUUCUCCCCACCAUCCUCGAAUGUUCAGCUUGCAGAAGAUUGUGGAGAUAUCAUACUACAACAUGAAUCGAAUUCGCUUACAGUGGUCCCGCAUAUGGCAUGUGAUUGGAGAUCACUUCAAUAAGGUUGGCUGCAACCCCAAUGAAGAUGUGGCUAUCUUUGCUGUUGACUCAUUAAGACAGCUCUCCAUGAAGUUUCUUGAGAAGGGAGAGCUAGCCAACUUCCGUUUCCAGAAAGAUUUUCUGAGGCCCUUUGAACAUAUUAUGAAGAAAAACAGGUCUCCAACCAUCCGAGACAUGGUGAUCCGCUGCAUUGCCCAGAUGGUAAACUCUCAAGCAGCCAACAUACGAUCAGGCUGGAAGAAUAUCUUUGCUGUGUUCCACCAGGCAGCGUCAGAUCAUGAUGGGAAUAUUGUAGAGCUGGCCUUCCAGACCACUGGCCACAUUGUCACAACAAUCUUUCAGCACCAUUUUCCUGCAGCCAUCGAUUCCUUUCAGGAUGCUGUAAAGUGCUUAUCAGAGUUUGCUUGCAAUGCUGCUUUCCCGGACACUAGCAUGGAAGCAAUCCGCCUCAUCCGCUUCUGUGGGAAAUAUGUCUCCGAGAGGCCUAGGGUGUUACAAGAAUACACAAGUGAUGACAUGAAUGUGGCUCCUGGUGACAGAGUCUGGGUUCGAGGCUGGUUCCCCAUCUUAUUCGAGCUCUCCUGCAUUAUUAAUAGGUGCAAGCUAGAUGUACGGACAAGAGGACUCACGGUCAUGUUUGAGAUCAUGAAGAGCUAUGGUCACACCUUUGAAAAGCACUGGUGGCAAGACCUGUUCAGAAUCGUGUUCAGAAUCUUUGACAAUAUGAAACUCCCUGAGCAACAGUCAGAGAAAUCUGAGUGGAUGACAACAACUUGCAAUCAUGCACUUUAUGCUAUCUGUGAUGUGUUUACCCAGUUUUAUGAAGCUUUGAAUGAAGUCCUCCUUUCUGAUGUAUUUGCACAAUUGCAGUGGUGUGUAAAACAAGAUAAUGAGCAAUUGGCUCGAUCAGGUACAAACUGCUUAGAAAACUUAGUAAUAUCCAAUGGAGGAAAAUUCAGUCCUAGUGUCUGGGAUGAAACAUGCAGUUGUAUGUUAGAUAUUUUCAAGACAACCAUCCCACAUGUUUUGCUGACUUGGAGACCUGUAGGAAUGGAGGAAGAGUCAUCAGAAAAACAUUUGGAUGUAGACCUGGACCGACAGUCUUUAAGCAGCAUAGAUAAAAAUGCCUCAGAGAGAGGCCAGUCUCAACUUUCUAAUCCCACUGAUGACAGCUGGAAAGGUAGACCAUAUGCAAAUCAGAAACUGUUUGCCAGCCUCCUCAUCAAGUGUGUGGUCCAGUUGGAGUUGAUACAGACCAUUGACAACAUCGUGUUCUACCCUGCAACAAGCAAAAAGGAAGAUGCAGAGCAUAUGGUUGCUGCCCAGCAAGACACGCUGGAUGCUGAUAUCCACAUAGAGACGGAGGACCAGGGCAUGUAUAAAUACAUGUCUUCCCAGCACCUCUUUAAGCUGUUGGACUGCUUGCAGGAAUCCCAUUCAUUCUCAAAGGCCUUCAACUCCAAUUAUGAGCAGAGAACUGUCCUGUGGCGAGCAGGUUUUAAGGGCAAGUCUAAACCAAAUCUUCUGAAACAAGAAACUAGCAGCCUGGCCUGUUGCUUAAGAAUCCUGUUUCGAAUGUAUGUCGACGAAAACAGAAGAGAUUCCUGGGAACAAAUACAGCAGCGACUUUUAAACGUAUGCAGUGAAGCUCUUGCCUAUUUCAUCACAGUGAAUUCUGAAAGCCAUCGGGAGGCCUGGACAAGUCUUUUGUUGUUACUUCUAACAAAAACUCUCAAAAUUAACGAUGAAAAGUUCAAAGCACAUGCUUCAAUGUAUUACCCCUACUUGUGUGAAAUUAUGCAGUUUGACCUGAUUCCUGAGCUUCGAGCUGUUCUACGGAAGUUCUUCUUACGAAUAGGUGUUGUAUAUAAAAUUUGGAUUCCAGAAGAACCACCACAGACAUCAGGGACACUAUCAGCAAUGUGGUAACCCUGGCACCAGUGGACCAUUGCUGCAUCUUUGCAAAAGGUUUACCUUGCCACCUCUACCCGGCACAUCUUGUCAGGAAUCAGAUAACAGAAUCAGAGCAUUUUGGAGCUCGGAAUGGCCUUGAUAAAGAUGGCCUCUACACUGGUCCCAUCAGAGUCCCUGACUAAGGUGUUGUGGUAUCUCAUUAAACUGUUGCAUACCCAUGAACACAAUACGUGGGAAGUCUGUUUCACCUCUGUCAUUCCAUAUACCAGUUGAAUUGUCAGAUCUGUCACUGCAUAUGCCAUCACUUUCUAGCUAAGUCUUAUGAUUGGCUAUAAUUGUUUUUUCAGAGGAAGUCAACUCUCCUUGAAAAUACUUAACAUAGCUGUAUAGGUUCGUGAUUAUUAGAGAGUUUGUUAAUAAAAAUUUAUUGUAAUGGCUAAAUGCCACCUAAAAUAUGCCGGGCUUUUUUGUUGUUGUCUGAGUAUGUUAGAGAAGUUUGAGUGGUUCUGUCAGUUGUGAGUCAGCUGUAGUUAGAUUAGUUGAGGGAAAUGGAGGGGGGAAAGGUGUUGUUUUGUUGUUAUUGUUUUUUCCUGCUUUGUUCUGUUAAUGUUCAAGUGAUCUUUAAAGUAUUUUGCAAAAAGAUACUAUUGAAAAUUUGAUUCAUGGCAGAGUUUAGUAACAAGUUAGAAUUAAAAGCUUGCAAGGUUUUUAAAAAAAUGUAGUGUCUCCUGUCUCUCCCUGUUUUAGUAACUUGGGGAGAAAAGGUCUGUAGGAGAAACUAAAUAAGAAAGAUGAUUAGCCUUCCUGACAUAGGUAUUUGUGGAUUAAACUUUCCAGAAUACAUUAUCCAAUCUCAUAAAGUCUGAAAUCUAAUAUAUGAAAUAGUAAUAAAAGUGAAGUAGUAGUUUAACAGAGUUAAUUUAUAUUUGAAUAAAACUUUUAUUUUUACCUCAGAAUAUUGAGUGUACCAACUGUUAGUGUUCCAGCUUUGCACAGUCCCCAUUAAAGGACCCUAAAGAGUAAGAAGGAAAGUGACUGUGCACAGGAGCAUCCUUUUUAGACAUUUGUCAUGUCUGAACUGAGGGGAACUCAGCUCUUGAAAGGCCUACAUGCCUGGACUGUGACCAUAGCAGGUAGCAAAUGCCUGUUGCUCCGGUUAAUUUGAGCCUAGGAGCUGAAUUCUUUGAAAAGGUUAGAUUCGGGGAUUCUUAUUCUGUUAAUGAUGGUGCAAUACUCUUAAUUUCAAGAGAACUGAAUUCUGAAGCAGUUUGUAUAAAUGUGGGCAGUAUGCAAAUAUGGCCCAAAGCUUGUAAGCAAUAUAUUUGGAACUUUAACUUAUUCUGAGUUAGUGAGAAAGAAAACACAUACUUCAUUCUCUGCCCUUUCAUCCACUGCUCACCCAGGGCAGCAUUCAGGUUAGAAAAAGUAUUAAACAGAGUUCUUAGAACAUUCAGACUUCUAGUCCUUUAGUCCUGUAAAUUGGGUUUUAUUGAUGUCAACUCUGGUGCCUUAGAAGUAAGUUUGGAAUCUAACUAUAAAAUUGGAUGUUUUUCUUUAUAGACAAGGAUUCCUGGUGCUUUUGUUUAAGAGACUGGUUUCUUAUUUUUUUGUUGUUUGUUUCUAACAGUCUUGAGAAAUGUUUGGUUUGAGCCAGCAGCAUCCUGUCUACCCUUUUUUUCUCCCCAAAAGUGUUUUACUUUCUCUACGAAAGGAAAAAAGAGCAGACCUAGUAGGCUUUUUGAUUACUUGCAGGCAUUAACAUAGGAGAGCUAUCUAAAUGAGCAGGAAGAGACUGGGGGAGAAUAUUUUAAAGUGAGAGCAAAGCGUUAGCACAUUUGACUUGUCCUGGGAUCCAUUACAUCUGUACACUGCAUUAUGGCACCUAUGUCCUAAGGUUUACUUCCUGGUACUGCAGUUCAUCACAGCUUCAAAGUCAGUCGUCUCCUUUGUACUAAAUUCCUAAGUGGAGAACAAGUGUUCACUCAGGCUUAUGUAUUCUGUAUAAUGACUUCCUGAUUGGAGUUUUUUUUUUUUCUUUCUCUCUGAGAUUCUCAUUUUCUUCAUCAAAUAUUACUGUAAAACUUUUCCAAUGAGGGCUGGAUGGUGGCACACCUGGUUGAGCGCACAUGUUGCAGUGCGUAAGGAACCAGGUUUGAGCCCCUGGCCCCCACCUGCAGGGGGAAAGUUUUGCUGGUGGUGGAGCAGUGCUGCAGGUGUCUCUUUGUCUCUCUCCCUCUCUAUCUUAUCCUACCCUCUCAAUUUCUUGCUGUCUCUAUCCAAUAAAUGAAGAUAAUAAAAAUUAAAAAAAAACUUUUCCAAUGCAUUCUUGACACCUUUUUAAUUUUUGCCUUCUUUUACAGAGUAGGGACUCUACAAGUGCAUUUUAUUAAUUGGCAGAUACAUUUCAGGUUUGAGUUUCUUAGUAACUUUGUCUUUUAAAAGAUUCAACUUUCUGAAUGAGGUAUUUGAAUUGUACCAGCAUGGACUUUUAAAAAAACUGGAUAGAAAACCAUCGAGGGUAAAUUUUCUUGGUAGUAGAGUGGCCUACAGAGGCAGUCUCUUACCUCCAGUAAUAAGUCAUUCAGCCUAAAUUCUAUUUUGUGAAUAAUUGUAUCUCGUGGUAAAUAUGGCUUAUGCCACUCAAAUACUAGUGAAAAGUCUGUAUGUGACACUGAAGCACUGGACCAGAAUGUCAUUCAUUAACAAAGUUAUGGAGAUGAGUGAAGCAUUUCCAAGGCCUUAUUUCUUUCACAGAAUGCUUUAAGUGUUGAUUAUAUGUGCUGGGUCUCUUGAGAAGUUACUUGUUAGGUUACUGCUGAUUUGAGUGUUUUGUUUUUCUUUAUUGUCCUUCAGAGAAAUCACCAGCUUUGACAUCUUAACAACAAACAGUGGAUGGGAAAAUUUAUUUUUAAUAAUACAUCUUUAGCGUCAAAUGCACCUCUUCCCUGUUGCUCCUUGCUCACGACCAAAGAACACACAUUAUGAAAAUUGUAUAAUAAUAUCUUGAAACAGCAUUUUCCUCUGACAAAUAACUUUUGUAUAAAAUGCAAAAAAAAUUCCUAAACUCUUUUGUUGUCCUUUUAUGAUUAUGACAAUACAUUUAGUAGUCUUUAUAGUUAUUAAAUGAACUUCCUGACAAAUGCAAGUCUGACCACCUCAUUCAAGUGUUUGUUGUUAGGAUGCAAGUGGAUAUUGGAUCAAAUAGAAGCUGGAUCCUUAAUACUGUGUUUUCUGAAUUCUGUUUUAAUAUUUGUGUUAAGGCAGGCAUGGCUUGAACUCACACGAAAUCCUGGAGUUUUGCUAUUAGCAGCUUUGUGGUUUGGGAAACAAAGAAACCAAAGCUGGACAUUUAGAAUGACUAUAUCUGGAAAUCCUUGCUCUCAGAAAAAAUAAAGACACUCAUCAAAGGCAUAGUUUUUCUCAGUGUUCUAAUUUUAAACAAAUUUUAUCUACAUAAUUGCAUCAGAUAUUUCUUUAUGUGCAAAAUAUAUGUUUUACCUCUUUAAAAUGCCUAAAAUUUUGUUGUUAGCUACUUUUGAUUAAUCUAUACACAAAGAUUAAGUGCAUUUAACAUUGGUAACUUAAUGAAAAGCAUUCCUUGCCCAAUGGAUGUAUAAAUUUUUGAAAGAAUAAGCAGAAUUACAUAAUAUGAAAUGCUAUGUAAAGUUUUCUAUGUAAAAAUAUUAUGUACAAUACUGUUAAAAUAUCCCAUGCUUUAAUCAGGUGGUAAAUCAAUAAAGUUUUAAAAAGUAAA